AAGGCAUGAACUGUAAAUAUUUUUUUGCCUGGUGUGCUCCUCCCUGCAGAGUCCUGGAGCUUGGGCUCGGUCCAAGAGCCAGGUGCCGUGUCCUGAGCGUGGUGCAGGCAGAGCAUAAAUUAUUGCACAAACCAGAGAGCUGCUGUGGCCAGGGGAGAUUUCAGCAGGCGAGGAGGAGGGCGGGGAGCAGAGGACACGCUCUGUAAUUGAGGAGCAGACUGCUGGGCUCUGCCUCUCCAUCUGCUCCCUGCGAGGCUCCAGAGCAUCCCAGCUGUGUGGGGCACAGGAGCGCUGGGAUCGGGGAUGGAUGUGAAGAGCACCCCGAGUUACCUGUACUGGCUCUUCUGCCAGUUUGAGCUGAUCACCUGCAGUUACCUGAUGGAGCCCUGGGAGAAGGUGCUCUUCUACUCCUUCAACCUGGCCAUGCUGGGGCUGCUGCUCUACACCACCUACCUGUGCCUGGCCUGCCACGCCAGCUCGGCCUUCCAGCUCCUCUGCAGCUUCCUGGGAAACCCACGGGAAAAUGCUCUUUCUGUGGUGAAGUAAAACCUCAGCCUGCCUCUGGCAUCAAGUGUUUCCUUAUCCCAUUUUUGUCCAGGAGCAGCAAACUCUGCUUUAUUCUCUCCUCGUGUUUUGCUCUGACAGGAAAUUCUUUUUGCUCCAAUCGAUCUCUGGUUUUGCUAUUUGAUUCUUCAAAAGUUUCAGUUUUAAUGACCCACUGGAAUUACAGAGCUGGGACUGGGACAGGAACAACCCCCAUGAAGAAUUUGUUAUUCCAGGGGGAAGGAACAACCCCCCUGAGUUUCUGAUAUCCCAGGGGAAAGGAACAAUCCCACCAAAGAUUUUGUUAUUCCAGGGAGAAGGAACAACCCCAGCAAAGAUUUUGUUAUUCCAGGGAGAAGGAACAACCCCCCUGAAGUUCCUGUUAUUCCUGGGGAAAGGAACAACCCCACCAAAGAUUUUGUUAUUCCAGGGGGAAGGAACAAGCCCCCUGAAUUUCUGUUAUCCCAGGAGAAAGGAACAGCCCUCAUGAAGAAUUUGUUAUCCCAGGGACAGGAACAACCCCCCUGAAGAUUUUGUCAUCCCAGGGAAAGCUGCUUGGAUAUGGGAAGUUUUCAUCUGGAGAAAUGACACAGUGUGAAUUUGUUCUUGCCUGCCAGAAGAGAUGUGCACACAAAAAUCCUGGACCAGCGGGAGCUGCUUCCCUGAGCUUGCUGUGUUUUUAUGGAAUGAUUUCAGGACUUAUUCAGUCUCCUUGAUUGUUUUACACAAUGAAUUACUUGGCUGGCUUGUUGUCAUGAUGCAAACAAUGCCACUGAUUCAUUAAAAAUGUGAGGAUGUGCUGCUGUGAAAAUUUCUGAUGAAAAUCGCAGAUUCUUGGGCUUUACAAAAACAUAACUUUUGGUUUGCUUUAGAAGAUGAGUAAAUCACGUGCAUCAUGUAGAGAAUAUAACACUGCAGAUUCACUUGUGGCAGGGUUUCAGUUGAAAAUAAACCCCUUAAAAUUUAAAAAAUACAA